GCGUCGCGGUAAAGUGACGCAGCUGUGAACCUCCCAGUUGUGCAGCUUGUUAUGGCGGCGCUUCUGAGAGGACUGCGAGCUGGAAGGCUCCUUCGAGGGCUGUCCAGCGUGGUCGCUGCACCGACAUCAACAACCCCUCAGUGCAGGAGCCUGAGACGAGGCUUCCACUGUGCAGCACUGAGACUGCAGGACGAGUCCAAAUCUGACAAACAUUCUGCAUCUUCGUCCUACUCCUCCUCCUCAUCAUCAUCCACAACCCAUGAUGACUACACCUCCCAGCAGGAUUCUGAUCCAAGCAGCGGUGACCAGGAGCAGGACGAGGACUAUGAAACGGAAGAGCAGCUGCAGGCUCGGAUUCUGACGGCGGCUCUAGAGUUUGUCCCGCUGCACGGCUGGUCCAUGGAAGCCAUCUCCGCUGGUGCAGAAGCUGUGGGUUUGUCCUCUGCUUCCACUGGGAUGUUCACCAAUGGAGCGGGAGACUUGGUUUUACAUUUCAUCUCCCAGUGCAACUCCAAGCUGACAGAGAUCCUGGCUGAACAACAUAAUGAAGUCCAGCUGGGUCAGGCAGAACCAAAGAAGACGGCUGACUUCCUAAGAGAUGCAGUAGAGACCAGGCUGCGGAUGUACAUCCCCUACAUGGAGUCCUGGCCACAGGCGAUGAGCAUCUUGCUCCUUCCUCACAACAUCCCCGACAGCUUGAAGCAUCUCUCCACCAUGGUGGACGACAUCUGGUACUACGCCGGGGACCGCUCCACAGACGUGAGUGGAUCCUCCCGCCUUCGAUCCUCCUCUUCUGCUCAUACCUUCCUCUCCCCGUUUCAUCAUCACCCCCACAAUAUCCGGCCUGCUACGUCUCAGAUGAACUGGUACACGAAGCGGGCAGUGCUGACCGGUCUGUACAACGCAACAGAGCUGGUGAUGCUGCAGGAUUCCUCCCCGGACUUCCAUGACACCUGGACCUUCCUUGAUAACCGCAUUCAGGACGUAACCAACAUGGCCGUCACGGCAAAGCAGAUGCAGUCGACUGGUCAAGCUGUAGCUCAGGGUCUCCUGGGAGCUGCAGUUACGUUGAAGAACCUCACAGGACUGAACCAGAGACGAUGAUGUGAAACAUUUCUGAAGCCCAUGAAGCCCAACCAUAAUGCCAUGAGCUGAGGAUGGUGUGUUUUCUGAGGGGGGGAUUGCUCUUGUCUUUUCAGUUGUAGGCAUUGCUGAAGGAAUUUCACAAUUGAUUUUAAGAACACAGAAACACCCGAUUUGUUGAAAGUCCUCUGUAUAUUUCAGUUCACCUUCGGUAUGAGUGGCUUUCUUUUGUUUUACUCAAAUAAUUUUUUUUUUUCCUGUUGUAUAGAAGUAAAAUAACAGAUUCAAUUUGAUUGUGGAAUCAUAAGCCAAAUAAAGUAGUGUAUAUUCAA